UCCCCAGCGGUCGCAGAGUUCAGUUACCGAUUACAGCAGCCAUGGAGAGGCCGCUGUCGCUGUCUCUGCUCCUGUCUCUACUGCUGGUGGUCCUGGCCAGUGGCCAGAGGAGCCAGAAGACCCAGACUCGCAAUCGGAAUGGGAAUCCCAGUCCCGAACUGGACGAUCUCAGGCGACUGGGAUUGGGAAAUAUUAUCAAUGUGCCGCUCUACAGCGAUGUGCCACAAUCGCACUAUGACUUCAUCGUGGUGGGAGCCGGGGCGGCGGGAUGCACCCUGGCCGCCCGCCUCUCCGAGAAUCCCCAGUGGAGCGUCUUCCUGAUCGAGGCGGGGGGCGUGGAGAACCUCGUCCACCAGGUGCCCGUGCUGGCCGCCCACCUCCAGGCCACCGCCUCCAACUGGGGCUACCUCUCCCAGCCGCAGCGCCACGCCUGCCGGGGCAUGCCCCAGAACCAGUGCGCCCUGCCCCGGGGCAAGGUCCUCGGUGGCACCAGCUCCAUCAACUACAUGAUCUAUAACCGGGGGAACAAGCGGGACUUUGACGGCUGGGCGGCUGCCGGCAAUCCCGGCUGGAGCUACGAGGAGGUCCUGCCCUACUUCCUCAGGAGCGAGCGGGCCCAGCUGCAGGGCCUGGAGCACUCCCCCUACCACAACCACAGCGGGCCACUGAGCGUGGAGGAUGUGCGCCACAGGAGCCGGCUGGCCCACUCCUAUCUGCGGGCCGCCCAGGAGGCGGGCCACCCCAAGACGGACUACAACGGCGAGUCGCAGCUGGGCGUCUCCUACGUCCAGGCCACCACCCAGAAGGGGCGGCGGCACAGCGCCUUCCGGGCCUUCAUCGAGCCCAUCCGGCAGCGGCGUCGCAACCUCCACAUCCUGACCCUGGCCCGGGUCACCCGCAUCCUCAUCGACGGCGCCACCAAGUCCGCCUACGGCGUGGAGCUCACCCACCAGGGCCGCCGCUACCAGGUGAAGGCCCGCAAGGAGGUGAUCCUCUCGGCCGGAGCCUUCAACUCUCCCCAGCUGCUGAUGCUGUCGGGGAUCGGGCCGGAGGACAACCUAAAGGCCAUCGGAGUGCCCUUAGUGAAGGCCCUGCCGGUGGGGAAGCGACUCUACGACCACAUGUGCCACUUUGGUCCCACCUUCGUGACCAACACCACCGGGGAGAGCCUGUUCGCCGCCCAGCUGGGCCCGCCAGUCGUCAAGGAGUUCCUGCUGGGCCGGGCGGACACCAUCAUGUCCAGCAUCGGGGGCGUGGAGACACUGACCUUCAUCAAGGUGCCCUCGGCCCAGAGCCCACCCACCCAGCCGGACAUCGAGCUCAUCCAGGUGGCCGGCAGCCUGGCCAGCGACGAGGGCACCGCCCUCGCCAAGGGCGCCAACUUCAAGCCCGAGAUCUACACCAGGAUGUACAAGGACCUGGCAGACCGGCGCCAGGAUCACUUUAGCUUCCUCAUCAUGCACUUCAGCCCCGCCUCCGUGGGCCGCCUCUGGCUCCAUAACCGCAAUCCCCUGGAGUGGCCUCGAAUCGAUCCCAAGUACUUCUCGGCCCCGGGAGAUGUGGAGCAGCUGCUGGAGGGCAUCAAGGAGGCCAUUCGGAUCAGCCAGAUGCCGGCCAUGCAGGCCAUUGGGACGCGCCUGUUGGACAAGCCGGUGCCGGGCUGCGAGUCCUUCCCGUUCGCCUCCGACGACUACUGGAGGUGCUCCAUCAGGACCCUGUCCUACACCCUGCACCACCAGGUGGCCACCUGCCGCAUGGGACCGGAGUCAGAUCCCACCACCGUGGUGGACCACCGGCUGAAGGUGCACGGGAUGAGGCGACUGCGGGUGGUGGACACCAGCAUCAUCCCGGUGCCGCCCACCGCCCACACCAAUGCGGCGGCCUUCAUGAUCGGCGAGAAGGCGGCGGAUCUGGUGCGGGCCGACUGGAGCUGAGGGCCGGCUCCGGUUUGGGUUUCCAAAACAGAGAUGCGAUUUAUGUAAGUGGGUCGGAGAAGCGGGAGAUCAAAAGCGCGCCAGCGAGAUGAAAGUGGAAAGUGAGGAACGGAAUCGAAUCUCUUGGGGGAAAGAAAGCAACCUGGCCACUAAAAUAUCCAACUAGUUUAUAAACAAAACUAUUUUUUUGUCUAUUUCUUAAUUGAUUAAUUUAGAAAAUGUAGAAACUACAAUAAAAAUUAAAACCUA